AUGACUUCUUCAAUCGUUUUCGCUGCAACUCCAGCUACUGGGUUUCUCUCUGUUCAUCCAUUGAAGCCUCGGAGAUUCCAUGUUACUUCCUCACUCGACACCGAUGUUUCCGACAUGAGUGUUAACGCUCCAAAGGGGUUAUUUCCUCCAGAGCCAGUACAGUACAAGGGACCGAAGCUGAAAGUAGCUAUUAUAGGAGCUGGACUUGCAGGCAUGUCAACUGCUGUAGAGCUUCUGGAUCAGGGUCACGAGGUGGAUAUAUAUGAUUCAAGGACAUUCAUUGGUGGCAAAGUGGGUUCUUUUGUAGAUAGACGUGGGAACCAUAUUGAAAUGGGACUACAUGUUUUCUUUGGAUGCUACAACAAUCUCUUCCGCUUGAUGAAAAAGGUGGGUGCUGAUAAAAACCUUCUUGUCAAAGACCACACUCAUACAUUUAUAAACAAAGGCAGCGAAAUUGGAGAGCUUGAUUUUCGAUUUCCUGUUGGAGCUCCAAUUCACGGUAUUCGCGCCUUUUUAGUCACAAAUCAACUCAAGCCCUAUGACAAACUGAGGAAUUCACUGGCUCUUGCAUUAAGCCCAGUCGUUAAAGCUCUUGUUGAUCCUGAUGGAGCAAUGAGAGACAUUCGCAAUCUGGACAGCAUAAGUUUCUCGGAUUGGUUCCUGUCGAAAGGUGGGACACGGGCAAGUAUCCAGAGAAUGUGGGAUCCUGUUGCUUAUGCACUUGGUUUCAUAGAUUGCGAUAACAUGAGUGCACGAUGUAUGCUUACCAUAUUCUCAUUAUUCGCCACCAAAACAGAAGCUUCUUUGUUGCGUAUGCUCAAGGGCUCACCUGAUGUUUACUUGAGUGGUCCUAUAAAAAAAUAUAUCACAGAUAGAGGUGGCAGAAUCCAUCUAAGGUGGGGCUGCAGGGAGAUACUUUAUGAUAAAUCAGCAGAUGGAGAAACUUACGUCACAGGACUUGCAAUUUCCAAGGCUACGAACAAGAAGAUUGUGAAAGCUGAUGUGUAUGUUGCAGCUUGUGAUGUGCCGGGAAUCAAAAGGUUACUUCCGAAAGAAUGGCGGGAAUCUCGAUUUUUCAACGAUAUAUAUGAACUCGAGGGUGUACCAGUUUGUACAGUACAGCUCAGAUACAACGGUUGGGUCACUGAGUUACAAGACAUUGACCUUGCCAGGCAGUUGAAACGAGCGGUUGGUUUAGAUAACCUUCUCUACACUCCUGAUGCCGAUUUCUCAUGUUUUGCGGAUCUUGCACUUGCUUCACCUGCAGAUUAUUACAUUGAAGGACAAGGCUCUUUGCUUCAGUGCGUUCUAACACCGGGAGAUCCAUACAUGCGAUUACCAAACGAUAAGAUCAUAGAGAAAGUCGCCAUGCAGGUCACUGAGUUGUUUCCAUCCUCACGGGGUCUAGAAGUCACAUGGUCAUCAGUUGUGAAAAUCGCUCAGUCUCUGUACCGUGAAGCACCUGGCAAAGAUCCAUUCAGACCUGAUCAGAAGACGCCUGUAAAGAAUUUCUUCCUCGCUGGUUCAUACACAAAGCAGGAUUACAUAGAUAGUAUGGAAGGAGCGACAUUAUCGGGGAGACAAGCUUCGUCAUACAUCUGUGACGCCGGUGAAGAACUAGCAGAGCUAAACAAGAAGCUUUCUUCUUCUACAGCUGCAGUUUCUGAUGAGCUAAGUCUUGUCUAA